CACGCAUAACACGCUUAUGCAACACACUGAGCAGCACGGAGUAUAACUUAACACCGACAUGCUUAUGUCAAUUCAUGAAACGAUGUUGAUCUGACAACGUGACAACGCUGUCAACCGCAGUGCAUUUGAAAAAUGGCGGACGAACAAUUGCCUGCUGGGUGGGAAAAGCGUUUAAGCCGGUCUACCGGCCAGCACUACUACCUGAACAUAUACACGAAAGAGUCUCAAUGGGACGUUCCAGACAAACCAGCAGAGCCAGUGUCUUCAAGUGGUCCGGAUCAAGUCCAGUGCUCUCAUCUGUUGGUUAAGCACAAAGAUUCACGUAGGCCUUCUUCUUGGAGGCAAGACAACAUCACCCGUACAAAAGACGAUGCUCUUGAACUAGUUAAAGGCUAUCGAGAGCAGAUAAAUUCAGGUAAAGCAUCUUUUGCUGACCUGGCAUCUAAAUACUCAGACUGUUCAUCUGCAAAGCGAGGUGGAGACCUUGGACCAUUUGGUAGGGAUGCUAUGCAAAAACCUUUUGAAGAGGCAGCUUUUGCCUUAAAGGUGGGGGAACUGUCUGAACCUGUCUUCACUGAUUCAGGGGUUCAUAUCAUUCUUCGAACUGCAUAAGAGCAUGUUUAUUUUGUAGCUUCCAUAAUGGUCAAUCAGUAGAGUAAAAAACAUCUAGAUGUAUUCUAUUUUCUAUUUGUGCUGUAUUAAAUUGAAUUUAUAAUUCUAGAUUAAAGUGAAACAAUUUUGGGAGAUAUAUCCUGUAUUGUUAUAUUUUUAUAUUACACCUAGUAGAUUUGUAUGUAUUGUUUUAUGGUGAAUCUAUGUUUGCUCUACAUAUUGGCCAAAUUUUGUGAAAAAAUGGUUGGUACGUAAUUUAUAAGACUCCUUCAUCUAGUUCUGCUAUGUUCAUUUAUGAGAUUAAAGUACUGCAGGUAGUUUGUGGAUAGAUUGUUUCUUUUAAAAAAUUGGAAAAUCUGUUCUGUUUGGGAGAAUGACUUUAGCCAGAUAUGUUUAUUGCAUUUGAUUUGUAAUAUUUGGGGAUACAGAUUUUUUGAUUGUAUCAACUUUUAUUAGCAUAUCUAUGAAAUGUUAACUUUUCUAUCUGUACUGUAAGUUAUUAAAUAUAAAAUAAAGUUGAAUUUUAGGUG